UUCCUACGUAUAUACUCCGUAUGAUCUGAUCCUAUUGUUAAUCAUGUAAAUCAAACUAGCUUACAAAAAUGGAAUUUGUACUCCAAGACUUUCUGGCUAGUUCAAUUAUUGCUCUAGAGAUUGCUUGUUUUUAUGUAAUUUUUCAUUAUUUCCGUACCCAGUCAAACCACUUCGAGAAACACAAGCUACCGCCGGCAGCCGGCGGAGGGAGGCCAGUUUUGGGCCAUCUCCACCUCUUCAGAGGCUCCGUCCCUGCACACGUGGCCGUCGGAGAAUUGGCUGACAAUUACGGACCGGCGUUCACUAUCCGGAUCGGCUUGAAGAGGGUGUUGGUCGUCAGCGACUGGAAGUGGGCCCACGAAAUUUUCACUUCCCACGACGUCAGCGUUUCGGAUCGUCCGAGGUUUCGCGCCGCCGAGCACUUGGGCUACGGCUACAAGAUGUUUGGCUUCUCACCCUACGGCCCUUACUGGCGAGAUAUUCGGAAGCUCACCACCACGCAGCUUCUCUCCCACCGGCGGCUUGAGCAGCUGAGCCACGUCAGAGUCUCCGAGGUCGAAACCGCCGUCAAGGAGCUUUAUGAUCUUUGGAGGGAAAAGAGCGCCGCCGCAGGCGGCGGAGAUGGUGUCCCGGUUUUGGUGGAAAUGAAGAGAUGGUUCGGAGACGUGAGUAUGAACGUGUUCCUUCGGAUGAUCGCCGGAAAGAGAUGCUUUGGGGGGACGGCGGAGAGUGGCGGUGACGACGACGGCCGGCGUUGCCAAAGGGUGUUGAGAGAGUUUCUUCACCAUCUUGGGGUUGCUGUUCCGGCGGAUGCCCUGCCGAUCUUGAGAUGGUUAGAUCUUGGUGGGUAUGAGAAAGCCAUGAAAGGAGUUGCUAAAGAAAUGGAUUCUCUCGUUGACCAAUGGCUCCGGGAACAUCGCCGCCGGCUCAAAGAAGAAGCAACCGGGGAUGCCGGCGGCGGUGGUGAGAAAGAUUUUAUUGAUGUCAUGAUUCGUACUGGUUACGAUUCUGACGAAACUGCCAUCAAAUCAACUUGCAUGUCAUUACUUUCGGGAGGAGCAGAUACGACCAUGGUAAUGCUUACCUGGGCUCUUUCAUUGAUCAUAAACAACAAUCACGUGUUGAAGAUGGCUCAGGAAGAGCUAGACAAGGUGGUGGGCAAAGAAAGAAGAGUCAACGAAUCAGACAUCAAUUCUUUAGUAUAUCUCCAGGCCAUAGUCAAAGAAACAUUAAGGUUGUACCCUGCUGCACCCCUUGGAGGACCAAGAGUGUUCAGAGAGGAUUGUAUCAUACACGGGUUUCAUGUCCCAAAAGGCACUUGGCUUUACUUAAAUAUCUGGAAGCUCCAACGAGACCCGCACCUUUGGUCAGAUCCUAAUGAUUUCAAACCAGAAAGAUUUAUUUUUAAUGAUAACAGUCACAAGUGGAAUAAUGGUUUCGAGUUGAUUCCGUUUGGUGCGGGUAGAAGAGUGUGCCCAGGCAUAGCAUUUGGAUUGCAGAUGUUGCAUUUGGUGCUCGCUAAUGUAUUGCAUUUCUUUGAACUGUCAACAUAUGCUCCCAUUGAUAUGAGUGAGAGUUUUGGACUAACGAAUCUUAAAGCCACCCCACUUGAGAUUCUAAUUUCACCUCGCUUGUCUUCUUCCUUGUAUUAGCCAAUCACAUAUGAUGUAUUGUUUGUGUGUUAUGUAUGUACUCUUUUAUGUCAUUCCGUAACUUAAAAUCUUCCCACUUUCCUUUUUCGUCCGUAACACAAAAAUCUCCCCAUUUCUAAAUCUUCUCAUCAUACCCUCAAUAAUUCUUAAAAUAAUACACUAUUACAACUACUUUUUUUGGAUUUAUCCUACAUUCCACCACAUUAUUCCACUAUUUUCCCAUCAUACCCUCAAUAAUUCAUAUCAUCUUUCACUAUUCUUAAUCUACCUACUUUUGAAAUGGGAAGAUUUUAAAGAUACGGAGGGAGUAGUUUUAUGCAUGCCCUUUUUAUAAUAUUAAUGUCAUGUUUGCUUAUUUUAUCUCCAAUUUGUCUUUAUCAGAAGUCCAGUAUAGCAGAAAUAUAUAUCAUUGAUGUGAAUAAUGGUGGUACAUAUUGUAUAAUUAAUGGUAUAUUAAAUAGAUUGAGAUUGUUUAAAUUAGUUAUUUCAUUUGACUUGUACACAAGUUGGCCGGAAUGUUUCAUAUAAAUUAAAUAUGACGACAUGGA